AUGACCAGCGACUUUGCUGAAUCUCAAAAGGAGGACCCACAGCGGCUUGCUGAUUUUGAACCGCAAUAUAUUUCACACAUUCAAGCAGUAGCAAAUGCUGAGAUCCCAUUGCAGGUGUUGAAGUAUGUCGGUCCAAAUGCCGAUAUAGCCAUUGUCUACCGCGCCAAGAACUUUGCUGUCAAGUGUGCUGAUCAUCCAGUCAAUUUGAAACCCACCAGCCUUUAUUCAAUCACCUACCACUUUGUAGAAGAGUUGAUCAAAUUGGCUUUCACUUUGGCAAGAGUUUUUACUAAAGUUAUAGAUGCUCAAGUGAAAUGA